AUGGCUAGCCGUGUGCAGCAGUUUGCGGCCGAGCGCCCGUCGGUCCCACUCCCGCAAGGAUACCAAAGCGAAAAAUUUUCCCCUCGGCCCCACAUUCAGAAUGAAAUUUGUGAUGCCAGAUUUGUGUAUUACAAGUACGCAAAUCGUAUUGCGCUUUCGCAUGAGGGACGGCUCUCAUGUUGACGGUCCAACUACAGCAUCAGGAAGCAACCGCGCAAUGCGACGGAUACCUCUGACAGUGCCUUUUUUCAAGACAUGGGCGAUUUGGGGCCACGAAUCAGCAGCACAGGCUUUCCUUUUGAAUAUGGGGAUUUGGGCGGGUUUUCCCCUGCGAUACAGGAGCUGCUUUCACGGCCAGCCAUUUUCACCACCACCCCCACCGCCUCAUGAGCGAUGACCUCCCAGCGAAGAAGCAAAGCAGUAUCUCUUCACCGGUCGUGUCCAACUCCCUGCAUGAUCACAGCACCCACAAGACGCGCAGCACGUACCCACUUUCUAACGCGGAGCACCACGAGCGCGUUGUCACUUCUGGUGCUGGUGAGGAACAAGAAGGUAUUGGGGGCCCAGGAGAAGAUGAUAGCCGAAACCUCGACCUUGAUCAGGAUGGCGCUUCCUCGAGCCGAGGUAGCAGCGUCGAAGAACACGACCCAGGGACGAAUAGUGCGACCACACGCGUAGUUCCUACUGGUCCGCCGGACCUCCAGCAUCUUCCACGUUCUAGUGCUGCUGCGUCAGAGUACGAAGGGGUAGCGCCGACUCGUGACACGACGGGUUCCGGCGAGGAGCUGGGAGCCCACCCGGAUUAUGGGCCAGAACCAGAAGCACAUGCACAACCUCCCGCAAUCGUUCCGCCGACGGAGCAAAACUUGUACCCGCCCCGACGCGUUACCGGCGGUAGUCGAAAUACCGACACGAUAGGGGAGAACGACCGCAGCGAAACGUGGGGGGCGGCUGGUCCUGAGUACUUGCUGCCAAGAUACGAAGACGAGAUGGUAUUAUUUUUACGUCACCAUAAGAGCGACAGUUUCUUUACACGCAGACUCACGACUGAAACUGUGUUGUUUUGCUUGUGAAUUUUCAGUUUUCACCACGUUGAUUGCACUCUGCCUUUGAUAGGGGUAAGGACUCAAUUCGUACAAACACAUAUCAGUUACGCAAACACGUGUAUUAGGCAAUGCGACCAUCUGACGGUCAGGAUGAAGACAAGUGCAAUUUACGAAGUAUUGCAUCUGCAUCAUGUUUUUCACUCCUACAGGACCAUCGAUACCACGCCGACUACCACGACCCUACGGCCGAACCGGUAGUAGUUGGGGUGCGACCGUUGCGGCUUCCUACUCGCUGGAACAACCAUCGGCCACGCCAUCAGCGCAACAGCGGAUCUUCCGGGGGUACUAUGAGAGUGCACACCUCCCCAAUUCCCUCAUUUGUAAUGAUACAGGUGCACAAACACAAUUUUACAUACAUGCUGCUUUUGGGCACGACUUUCAAUGAAAAGUUUCCAGAAUGAAACCCCAAUCCGCACUCCUGUAGAAGUCAUUCCUGGUGUGUUGAGAAUGCGGACGCUGCAUUUGUGUUUCUCAUUUCGUCUGCGAAUUAAAUGCAAUGCUGCUCAUGGGCUUUACCUUUAGAUGAGGCGGAGGGAAAAUGGUGCACGCUCAUAGGGGCAUCGAACAACAGUAGCUAUUACGAUCACCAGCGUUUCGAAGCCCGGGGUGGAAGUUUCCACCAGCAGCGGGCGACGAGGGGCGGGAAUCAGGGUUCCAGGGGACAGUAUCAACGCGAGUAUUACUACUACGUCGAUAGUGGAACCGGAAGUGGGGGCUCCUCCACCGCGCCUCCCCGCGGAGCAGGGGGUGCAAGGAACAACUAUCGUGUGCGGGAGCGGGGCCAACAUCUGCCGCAUUCAAACCGCGAUUCGGGGCAGAGUUUUGAUUCCACAGGCUACCCCAACCACCCCCGCGUGCGGAACUCGAUGCCGCCACCGAGCGGUAACAACUACAGCCCCGGAUCUGGUGGACCACGCGCCUACCAGCACGACAUCGAUUUUCGCCGGCACUCGGAACCGUUUCUGCAGGGCUCCCCGCCCCCGGACGACCACCUCGGGAUGCAGGGCAGUAACUCGUACGACUACAACGCGAGCCGGGCCGGCGCGGGGACUGGGGCCUCGGGUCGCGACGAAUUGGACGAGGAGGCCGUGGAACGGGAGGAGGCUGCGAUCGAGUACAUCCGGCAGGGAAUUCAACGCCACUUGGACCACCAGGACCAGCUGCGCCGAAACAACAACCUCCAGGAACAGGAGCGCAUGCGCGCGGAGUUGGAAGAACUGCGACUGGAGCGGGAUCGUCUCGAGCAGGACAUGAAUAACCUCCAUCUGGAUUCACAAGAGACAAAGCAGGUAUUCUACAUUUUCGCACAGAUGAUGAAAGAAAUAAACUUGAACUUCUCUAUCUAACGUGGAUGUGCUAUAUUGAGAGCGAAGUAUGUAUAUGACAUGCGACACGAAGUCAUAAAAAUGGUGGUCGAGGGAAGGACUGGCAUGCAAGCAUGCAGUAGCUAUACGCUUCCUAGGCAGGUGUGUACAGAUUUGGGUUUGGAAUUUCAACUUGAUGUUCGUGUAUAAUGAAAAUGAGCCGCGCCAUUAUCAAUCUUCACAUCGUGCGCCAGGUGAUUUCGAUCUGCAAAGAAAAGCUCCCUUGAAGAUGAUUAGCCACUCAAGUAUCAAAAACAAUCUCCACUCAGUGGCAGUAUGAAAAAUCCUCAUGACAAUUACGUCACAGGCGAUGGCGCGCGACCUGGCUGAGGCGCACUACAACAUCCACACCGUAGAGCGGGAACUGUUUCAGGAGCGGGAAAAGCACCACCUGGCCGCUAGCCUGGUCGAACGAAUGCGGGAACAGUUGCAGGAAAAGCAGGACAAGUUGCAGGACAAGGAGGCCCGCCUUCGGGAUCUUAAAAAGCAGCACCAUAUCGCUCAGCGGGAGAAGCUUCAGAACGACAUGGAGCAGCGCAGAAUCGUGCCCCGGUUGGAGUCCAACCGGUUGCGCGAGAAGGCCAAGAUUCUCGAAAGCUACAUGCGCCGCCGCAGCUUCACUAUCGAUGCGUAA